CGUGAUUUUAUAGAAAAAACAGAGGCAAUAGUUCUUGCAGAGGUAACAUUCGAUAUUGUUAAAAGCAGAGCUGAAUUCCUGGAUAAAAGCACAACCUGGCUUGAGAAAAUCAAUAAGUCGCUUCAAGUAUUCUUUGAAAACCAGCAAAUAAACGGAUUCCUCAGAGUGAAUGUCUUGUCUAUAGAAUUUGGAAGUAUUAUCGUUACUUAUGAGAUUAUUGGAGAAAAAUCUCAAUCAAAAACAAUGCAAAUUGGAGUUGCCGAAAGCAUGCUUCGAAUGAGGAGUGGGAAAUCAAAGGUGGUGAUUCUGAAUGAGGUUCCAAGGAUCAAGGGAGCAUCUAUAAAAAAUGUGAAUGGGACAAAAAUAGUGAUCGAUAAAUCGUCAAGUCUGUGUGAUGUGUACGAAAGUUUUGCGCCAUGUGAAGUAGGACAGCGAUGUAAAGUUUCCUCUGGGACGGUAGUCUGUGUAGAAGUUUCUAAAGAUUCGUUAUCAGACAAAUUCAUAUACAUCGUUGUUCUUGGAGUAAGUAUUCCAUUGGUUAUAGUGGCUAUCAUUCUGGUGAUUGUAUGCAAGUGUCACUACAUGCGCCAAUUGAAAACGGAAAAAGAAAAAAAUUUAGACAACAAAAAUCCCAGAACAGGAGCUAGUGGCAAUUUAGGAGGAAUGGAUAGUGGAUCACAGCGCACAACAGAUUAUGAUUCGAUAAAUCAUAAAAAUGUUUAUCGUAGAGAAUAUUUAGAAUUGAAAGAUACCAAUGCUUAUAGUUCCAAAAUGUCUUCAAGGGAAAGAAAAGAAACGGGAAAUCAAGGAUGUGAUAAUCCAGAUUAUAAAUGGGAUUUUAUUUAUGAAACACUUGAUCCAGAUGAAAAGUUCCAGAUUAAACGACCACAUAUCAGCUCCAACAUGAUGCGUCAUUACUAAUUAAAUGGUCACCAUUUGGAGAGGAAAUGGUUAUGGACAAUAUGGAACAUUUAAUAUUAAAUAACGAAAAAAUUUAUUGCGAAACAAAAGUACGGGGAACAUUGGUGAUAAAUGAUUUUUGAGUACUUUAAUGUAUAGAUGUUAGGUAUUUUGUGUUUAUUUCAUAAAAAAAAUUGUUGAUUUGAAAUUGUAUAUAUAUACCGGCUAUUGAUAGAAGACGUUUUAGAAUAGGUGGAUAGCUUGAUUUUUUUUUUAUUCGAAAUAUUCAUGACGU